GAGUUGAAAUGAAAGAUGUAAGAUUACCGGUACAAUUACAAAGAGCUAUGGCUGCAGAAGCAGAAGCAACUAGAGAAGCUGGGGCUAAAAUAAUUGCUGCUGAAGGAGAACAAAAAGCUUCAAAAGCGCUUAGUGAAGCGGCUUUAAUAGUUUCACAAUCACCUGUAGCAUUACAACUUCGUUUUCUGCAAACACUUUCAACAAUUAGUGCGGAAAAGAACAGAACAAUUAUAUUUCCAUUGCCUAUGGAAAUUGUUCGGCAUUUUAUUAAACGCAACCGAUAUUAUCGUCAAAACAAAUAG